AUCCAUUCGAGAAAAAAUACGCGAUGAAAUUUACCAAUUGAAACAGAAAUAUCUUAAUUUUAAGCCUCGACUUGCGAUUGUUCAGGUUGGAAAUAGGGAAGAUUCUGUAGCGUAUGUGAAACAGAAAGAGCAAGCUGCCAAAGAGGCUGGAAUUAAUUUUAUUUUACAAAAGAAAGACGAAUCAAUUACCGCGGAUGAGCUUUUGAGAUUGGUCCGAGAAUUAAAUCAUGAUCCAUCGGUUCAUGGCGUGUUAGUUCAACUUCCUUUACCAGAACAUAUCAAUGAAAGAUAUGUUCUUGAAGCUAUUGAUCCAAAAAAAGAUGUAGACGGAUUUCAUGCAUAUAAUAUCGGAAGGUUAGCAAAAAGAAAUUGCGAUCCUCUAUUUUUACCAUGUACUCCCAAAGGAAUUAUCGAAUUAUUGGACCAGACCGAAAUUAAUAUUUCGAGUAAGCAUGCCGUUGUGGUCGGCCGCAGUGAUAUUGUGGGAUUUCCCGUAUUUACUCUCUUAACCAAAAGAAAUUCUACGGUUACAUUGUGCCAUUCUAAGACAGCUAACCUUCCUGAGAUUGUCAAAACUGCUGAAAUUCUAGUGGUAGCCAUUGGAAAAGCUGAAUUCAUAAAGGGCGAUUGGAUAAGACCUGGUGCAGUAGUUAUCGAUGUUGGAACUAAUGCGAUUAAAGAUUCCACUAAAAAAACUGGCAUUCGGUGGGUGGGUGAUGUGGAAUUUUCAUCAGCCUCCACAGUAGCAUCACAUAUAACACCAGUUCCUGGUGGUGUAGGUCCUAUGACUGUUGCAAUGUUACUGCAAAACACAGUGGAAAGCGCAAAAAGGUUUCUGAAAGAAAGUAAUGAACGUAAGAUAUCCACAUUAGCCUUAGAACGACAUGUACCUGUUCCAAGCGAUAUCGAUAUUGCAACUUCCCAAACACCUAAACUUAUUAAAGUGUUGGCUGAAGAAUUAGGACUUACUCACAAUGAGUUUGAAUUAUAUGGAAAGUACAAAGCUAAAAUAAAUCUUUCAGUUAUUGAAAGACUCAAUUCGCGAAAAAAUGGAAAAUACGUUGUUGUAACUGGUAUAACACCAACACCAUUAGGUGAAGGUAAAUCUACAACUACCGUUGGUAUAGCACAAGCGUUGGGUGCACAUUUAGGAAAGCUUUCAUUUGCAUGUGUCAGGCAACCUUCACAAGGACCAACAUUUGGAAUAAAAGGAGGUGCUGCAGGUGGUGGAUAUGCUCAAGUCAUACCGAUGGAUGAAUUCAAUUUACAUUUAACAGGAGAUAUACAUGCCAAUACCUUAGCUGCUGCGAUUGAUGCACGAAUGUUUCACGAAAAUACUCAGACAGAUAAGGCUCUUUUCAAUCGUCUAUGCCCUGCUAAAAAUGGUGUUCGCGUCUUUGCCCCUGUAAUGUUAAAGCGAUUACAAAAGCUUGGAAUUGAUAAGACCAAUCCUAAUGAUUUAACUCCUGAAGAGAUUAGCAAGUUUGUUAGGCUGGACAUUAAUCCUGAAACAAUUACAUGGCAAAGAGUAAUUGACACAAAUGAUCGAUUCUUACGACGCAUUACCAUAGGUCAACAUCCAACAGAGAAAGGUCAAACACGAUCAACAGGAUUUGACAUUUCGGUAGCCUCUGAAUGUAUGGCUGUACUCGCAUUAAGUACAUCUCUCGAAGACUUGCGAGAAAGAUUAGGUAGAAUGGUAGUUGCCAUCAACAAAGCUGGUGACUCUUCUAUAACAGCAGAUGAUCUUGGUAUAGGUGGUGCAUUAACUGUGUUAAUGAAAGAUGCAAUCAAACCAAACCUUAUGCAGACAUUAGAAGGAACUCCUGUAUUUGUUCAUGCUGGUCCAUUUGCAAAUAUUGCGCAUGGGAAUAGCUCUAUAAUAGCAGAUAAAAUUGCACUGAAAUUGGUGGGAGUUGAAUGUGAUGCCGAUGGUAGUCCAUUGGAAGGAAGCGAAGAAGGCUAUGUAAUAACUGAAGCAGGGUUUGGAGCCGAUAUUGGAAUGGAAAAGUUCUUUAAUAUCAAAUGCAGACUUUCAGGGCUGAUACCUGAUUGUGUUGUUAUCGUUUCUACAGUUAGAGCCUUGAAAAUGCACGGUGGUGGACCUGAGGUUACACCCGGAAACCCAUUGCACGGAACUUAUUUAAGUGAAAAUCUUGAAUUAUUGGAAAAAGGAUGUGUUAAUCUUGUUAAGCAUAUCCAAAACGCAAAAAAAUAUGGGUUACCAGUCGUAGUUGCUAUUAAUAAGUUCACAACUGAUACGCAAGCUGAACUUGAAUUAAUUCGCAAGAUUGCAAUAGAUGCAGGUGCAAAUGAUGCGGUACCGGCAGAACAUUGGGCAUUAGGGGGGGAAGGUGCGAUAGAUUUAGGAAAGGCGAUCAUUAAAGCAACAACCGAUAAAUCUGAGAAGCAAGAAUUCAGAUUUUUAUAUGAUGUAAAUAGACCAAUUGUAGAAAAAAUUGAGAUUAUUGCAAAAGAAAUGUAUGGAGCUGAUGGAAUAGAAUUGAGUGAGAAAGCUAUUGAAAAAGUUGAGAGAUAUACUAAACAGGGAUUUGCAAAUCUGCCAAUAUGUAUGGCCAAAACGCAUUUAUCUCUUUCACAUGAUCCAAAACUUAAAGGUGUGCCUACAGGAUUUAUAGUACCAGUACGGGAUAUUAGAGCUUCAGUUGGUGCAGGAUUUUUAUAUCCGCUGUUAGGGGAAAUGCAAACUAUGCCUGGAUUACCUACUCGUCCAUGUUUCUUUGAUGUUGAUUUAGACACAGAAACUGGUAGAAUAUAUGGAUUAUUUUAA